GGGCAUAUUUGAACUCAUGGAUUGCAUUCAUUGUGGCAAGUUAGAGGCUUCUAAUUUUCAUUCAUUUUAUCAUAAUGUGAAAAAACUUUGUGAACCAAAGCCAAAUUUUGUUUAUACCAUUAACAUCACACACAUGAUAUUGAAAGACUCCUGAUGAAGCAACUUUACUAAUAACUUUAGUUGUACGUAGGUACUGACAGAAAAAGGUUUUAAUUCAAUUAGCUGAGAAGCUAAAGCAAAAUUUUAGUGGCAUAUUUUUUUGGAUAAUAAAGUAGUUUUCUUAGAGUGAUGCAAGAAAAUAAUUAAGAAUUACAGAAUGCAUGAAUUGUUAUUCAAUGCCAAUAAUUGGCUAAUCAAUUUUUAAUGUUAGAGAGGUAAUGAUAAAUCUUGUCAAAGCAGGACCUGAUUUGAUGUCAUGUAUUUUGUCUUGAGACUGGACUUGAUGCAGUUUUUAUGUUAAAUGCUGUCUGGUUUCUCAAAUAUACACUAAUUUUCACUACAUGGCAGUGGUUUGUAGCUGUAGGUCAAAGCUGUUGAACAACUUUUUCAUCAUAUUUCGUUUUUUUUUUUCAGGUAAACUGGGAGUUAAGUUAUUGUUGAUACUUGUUGUGUUACUCCUACUGCAUUUAUUGUCAACAACUACUACUCCUCAAGCAACCAUGGUGGUUCCUUCACUUCAAAGUUACUGCCAUAUCCUUCAACUGACAAGAAAUACUUCAAAGUGUAGUGUGAUCUACACAAGUGCAGGCAGUCUGCACAGCAGUGCAGCCUUGUCAGCUUUUCCUCUGAAGUACCCAAAUCAUAAGAUGGACAAGGACGUCAGAAUACGCAAAACUGUAAAAGAAAAUAAUUUCCACAGAGCAAAUGUUGUUGCAAUGAUGAGAGUGCCUCAUCUGUUACCCAGAGAAAUAGUGGAGGAUGCCAAGGACGAGCUAAAGACUAUGCCGCUCAAUCAUCACUGGACCAGGAUGCAUCCACGCUGUCUAGUCACAUCCAGACCUAGAGGUCUAGUGAAAGACUGGAAACUUUCUCGCAUCGUGUGGCGUCACGAGGCAGACUACAAUAAAUUGUCUGGAGUACAAUGGGCCUUCUGGAGGUAGAAUAAUUUCUCGCUUGAUGAGCCUACAACAACUCAUGUUAUAGUGUGCGUUUUAAAUAUGAACAAUUUCUAGUUGUGAGUUUUUUGGUUGUUCAAUUUGAAGCGAUUAUAAAAAUACUUGGACGGCUGGUUUAUCCUUCAAUCUAGGUAGGUCCUAUGAAUGCAAUGACCGUCGGCUAUACCUAAUAUUUGUAAUGCCAGCGAAGAGUUAACUAUCACUUUUAUUUAUUUUAGUAAUGCUUAACUUAGUUUUCAACUAAAUUUUCUGUCUAGUUGAAUUGAAACGGUAUUUCACCAUCAUGUGCUUGCUGGUUAAUUGUUCAAAUCGAUCAGAAAUGUAAUUUUUUGCGUUUUCGUAACACUUCCGAAAUUAUUGUGUAUAGCUCGAUUGCACGUGGAAUUCAUAUUACACUUAGUUUAUUUGUAUUUUAUAAAUUUAUAGACAUUAACAUAGUGAAGAGGAGAGCCACGAGAUGUAUUGAAAUAUGACCGUGUUUAUUUGUGGAAUUACGUCAGUGCCGUGGUUAUUUGUCUGCAGCACCUGAACAAUCACUACUGUUUGUUGAGAAUUCGAACUUGCGAUGCGUUUGUUCCGAAGCUCCGAACAUGUCUAUUUGUAAAUAUUAAAUGCUGAAUGAAAAUUGAUUUGUUGUGUAAGUUAUUUGUACUGUAAUGAAGGUCCAUUGUACUGUAAGGCACGCGUUAUUUACACUAUAAUGAAGCUCCCUGCCACAACCA